AUGCUUUUGCAGCAUGGACGCAAUGGGUUGGACCUGGGCACAGAUAUCCUCGAUCGCAGCUUUGCCAUCGCCGCCGUCAACUCCUGCGAGUCUGUCAGGUCCCCCAGGGGUUUGGGAAAGGCUGAUGCUCAAAACCGAGAACGAACAGCAACUAUGGAGUCUGCAGCCUCAGGGACUCCGCUGUUUUUUUGUUUCUCCAGAGAUAGGGGCAGUGACCUCGGGUUCAGUAUCAGUCAGGGUAAACACUCGCCUCUCGCAUUUUUCCAUUUCUCUCUCUGGAACAGCGGGGGAGCAGUCAUUGAAAUGCAAGCUGUUAACUCCAUGAGCUAUGAACAGUUUAUCGAUGUGUUUGGGAAUGUGAUUGAGAAAUGUCCCCUCAUUGCAGCUGCAGUUUGGACAAAGCGCCCCUUUCCAAGUGUGAGCGCUUUAGAGCAAAACUUUGCAGAUUUUAUAGAUUCCUUGCCUCGGUCAGGGAAGGAGGGAAUUCUACGAUGCCACCCAGACCUAGCUGGGAGAGAUCUUCUCAGAGGAACACUCUCCCUUGAAUCGCAGGCUGAGCAGAACCAAGCUGGGCUAACCACCCUCACUGCUGGCCAGAGAUCACAGCUGAGUGAGCUAAAUGCUGCUUACAAGAACAAAUUCCACUUCCCAUUUGUGAUCUGUGCCAGGAUGAAUGAUAGGGAAAGCAUAACGAACCAUCUCAGCAGCAGGAUCCACAACAGUCCAGAGCAGGAGCUUCAAAUCGGUAUUAAAGAGGUUCUAAAAAUCUGCCACCUCCGUCUUUUAGAUAUCAUCAGGCCAGCUGCCCACUCUACCAAGCUUUAA